AUGAAAUUGGCCAACACGCUGAAUUCAAUAUUAUUUGUAGUUUUGUUUUGUGGGACAGCAGUUGCUAAUAGAACAAAAUUACUUUCAGCCAAAGGUCUGGAUGGUAAUGGUAUGUCUGCAGUGGCGCCAGCUCCCAGUGAUGGUAUUUGUGCAACGAUGGUGGAGACAAAAGGUUAUGUUUGUGAAGAACACAAGGUAACAACACAAGAUGGUUACAUUCUCAGUAUGCAGAGAAUUCCAGAGGGGCAGUCAGGAAAGACUUCAGGAAACAGGCCGCCAGUUUUGUUACAACAUGGCCUUUUGAUGGAUGGGAUAACAUGGCUGCUAGUACCACCAGACCAAUCUUUGGCUUUCGUCUUGGCUGGUAAUGGGUUCGAUGUUUGGCUUGCUAGCACCCGAGGAACCAAAUAUAGCAGUGGGCAUACUUCACUCAGUCCCAAUGACCCGGCUUACUGGAAUUGGUCAUGGGAUGAAUUGGUAGCUUAUGAUCUUCCAGCUACAUUCCAGUAUGUGCAUGAUCAAUCAGGACAGAAACUGCACUAUAUUGGGCAUUCACUUGGAACUUUGAUUGCUCUGGCUGCCUUUACAAAAGACCAGCUGCUGAACAGGUUGAGAUCAGCUGCCUUACUUAUCCCUAUUGCUAUUGUGGGUCAGAUGGCCUCGCCGCUUGCGAGAUUUGCUGCUGACAACUUCAUUGGGGAGGACUUGUACUGGUUGGGUGUUAAAGAAUUUAAUCCAAGAGGGGAAGCUGUAAUAAAACUUCUCCAGGAUAUCUGCAGCAAGCCAGGUGUUGACUGCACCAACUUGUUAACCUCUUUCACUGGCAAGAACUGCUGCUUGAACUCUUCCAUAGUAGAUGUUUUCCUAGAUCACGAGCCUCAGCCUACAGCUACAAAGAACAUGAUCCAUCGGGCUCAGAUGAUUAGGGAAGGAAAUAUAGCCAUGUACGAUUACAAUAACUCGGAUGAGAACAGGAAAUAUUAUGGGCAGCCCACUUCUCCAGUGUACAACAUGACAAGCAUUCCGAAUGACAUUCCUCUCUUCCUCGGCUGUGGUGGGAAAGAUGCUCUUUCCGAUGUCAAAGAUGUGAAGCUCUUGCUCAACAGCCUCAAAGAUCACGAUUUAGAUAAACUUGUAGUUCUGUACAGAGAUGAUUAUGCUCAUGCAGACUUUGUUAUGGGAGAAAAUGCUAAGCAAGAUGUGUAUGAGCCUCUCAUGGCUUUCUUCAGGCUUCAAUGA